AUGUUUACUAGUGAUGUUUCCGAUCCUUACGAAAUCUUAAAACGCUCGAUUCUUAAACGAGGAGACCUAACCGAUCGACAAAGGUUAGAUCAACUCUUCAACAAUAUCGACCUGCAACACGGUUCUGCGACGGACAUGUUGCAACGGAUGAGAGAGGUUAUAGGCCCAAGAACUUUCGACGAAGGUCUAUUCAAACAACUCUUCUUGUCAAAACUUCCCCAACAGGUGCAAGCAGUUCUGGUCUCGUUCCAGAACAACGCCUUAGACGAACUAGCUGUAUCUGCCGACCGCAUUCUAGAAAUUACGAAACCUUCUACUACCGAGGUAUUUUCAGUCAAAGAAAAGCCUCACACGACUCAGAAUGACAUAACCGACUUAUGUCACACACUCACGCGUUAUCUUAGUCUUCGUACCGACCGUAAGAGAUCGCGCACACCACGUAGAAGCAUUUCUCGUAAGCGAUCUGUCUCUAGACCACGAGAGACAGAUAACCCCGACUGGUGCUGGUAUCAUAACCAGUAUGGAAAGUUUUCCAGAAAUUGCAGAAAACCCUGCAAUUUUCCCAACACGAAACCGACUGAUUCGGGAAACUUCCAAGCCGGCACGCGUUAA